UACGGGCAGAGGAAAACGUGUCAUGGCGGCGGCGACAACACAUGUGUGAGGGAACAGCCAGCAGACUGGUACUGGAUUACUGGAUUGCCUUGCGUCGUGCUGACCCUCUGAAGGCAUUGGUGAUUGGCAACAGAGGGUAGGUGUAUCUCAGUGAAUAAGAGAGUUGCAGAAGUAACAACUACUGCAGGAAAGAAUGAAUGACAUCAUUGCAACAAACCAUGUGGGAAAGAAAUUUAAGAAGAAUAAAAAGAAAGUCAAGAAAAAUGCUGUUAAUAAAGAGGUGAAGAGUAAUGCAACCAAGGAGGUGGAGGUGGAAGACUUAGCCGAGAGUGUUGACAGCGGCUGCAUCCCAGACAGCUCCUCUGACAUUGUGGCCGACCUCACCAACACAGCACAGAUUGAAGCUGCCGUGUUGAAAGAAAACAUAUUCAUAUCCAAUUUGUUAAGGUGGCUGCCACUUCCUCUCCAGAGCAAAGAACCAGACCCUGAGUCAGAGAUAAAGGAAGGCAAGGAAAGGAAAAAUGAAAAUAAGAGGAAACAAGAGGAAUCCGAGCCUACCAGUAAGAGACAAAAAGUUGAUGUUGACCCUGCAGAGAGUACUGCAGAUCUAGACCAGCUCCAGGAAAAGUAUAGCAGAAUUCUUGGUGAAUUAAGAAAGAAUAGAAACAAGAAGUGGGACCAUCCAACUAAGAAGAAGGAAGCUAAACUGGCCAAAAAAUUAAAAGUGCUUGAGAAGAGGAGAGACAAGAGAAUAAAAAGGAAAGUAAAAUUACCUGAAAGGACUGAGGUCAAACUGAACAAGAAAGACAAGAAUAAGAAUUUACACCAAGGCCAAAACAAUCCCAAAAAUGUCAAGCCCCAGAAACGCAUCUACAACCAGAAGGGGGAGCUGGUGUUCAGCAAGUUUGAUUUCUCCAACAGCAGCAGUCUCUCAGGAGAUAUUGACACCAACAUGAAAUCAAAGGACCUCAAACAGAUCCUAUCCCAGGCUUUGAAGGAGAAAGAAAAGAUGAAGCAUCUAGAAAAGAAGGGGGAUAAGGAAGCAGCAGUUAGCAUUGCUGACCAGAAAGCGUGGUCUGCUGCACUACAGAAGGCUGAAGGGAAGAAGGUUAAGAGUGACAUUGACUUGUUAAAGAGAUCCAUCAAGAAGCGAGAGACACGCAAGAAAAUCAGUCAGAAGAAAUGGGAGCAGCGUAAAGAAGCCAUUCAGAAGCACAAGACUGAAAAGCAGAACUUGAGGAAAAAGAACCUUGCUGCUCGUAAAGAAGCAAAAGUAGAGAAAAAAAUUAAGAAAAUGAAAAAGAAAGGGCAUAUAGUUCCUGGGUUUUAAUGAGUAACACAUGUAUGCUAAGAUGACAGAAGAACUGGAUCUGACACGAAAAUGUCCACCUGGCCACAACUGACUCAAGUUGGAAAUCUGGCCCUGAGCUGUUACCAGUGAAUGUGAAAUGAAUGUGUUACAUCUUUUUGGCUGCUUCAGUCAUCUUAAAUUUGCCAGUAAUAGUUAUCUAGUUACAUUUUGUGGCCAGAUUCCUGACUAGGGUCUGUUAUGGCAAGGUGGGUGUCUUUGUGUCAGAUCCAGGUCUGCUGUCAUUUAUGAUGUACAUUAAAAUGGUUGAGUGUAAGAGAACAUUUUCAUUUUUGUUGUGGAGUGCAGAGAAUUGAGUAUAUCUGUUAUGGCAUCAGGACAACUGACUCCUAUUUAAGAAUACCAAAAUGAAAAUUGAGUUUUUCAUGAAUGACAUAAAAGUACACAUGUGACUGAUGCAAACCUUGGAAAAGUAAAUUAUAUUAAAAAAGAAUAAUUAAAAUACCUGUAAUUUAGAUAAGGCAAAUUGUAAAUGGCUUAUAAUGAGCAUUAAAGGAGAAGUUAUAUUACAAACUGUUUUGAUAGUAUCAUAAAAUUUGUUUCUAAUAUGAUUUUAAAGAUCCGAUAAAUGUUCAUCACUUCCUAAAACAGGAAAAUGUGGAUUUUCCCUUUCCCGAGUCCAUCAGAAGACUUCAGAAAGUCUUGUGCAUCCUUCUGAUUGUCAAAUCCUAAUAAUGUUUGAUGAUUGUGCUUGUCCUGGAAGCAUUCUAUUGAUUAUGACACUGGUCAGUGCCUGCAAAAUAGGUGAGUGAAGUAAUACUAGUCUGCAUAUGAUGAUGUCAUCCUUGCAAAGAGUUAGUGUGAGGUAAAUCCUCAACCACAAGGUUCAUACAUCUUCCAGACACUAUUAACUUGCUUUGCCAGUGUAGGUAUCUUCAGAGAAGUCUGUGAUAGAGGCACUGAUUGAUGUCAUAGUCUCUUGGAGUACCUCAAAUGCAUUCACCGCCUUUCUCUCAUAUAUCUUUAAAUGGGAGACAGUUGUUGUAGAGCCAUAUUGUUAUAAAUACUCUCUUAUAAUUAAAUGCUUUCUUGAAAGCAGUAAAAAUUUACUGGAGAACAGGUCAAAUUGAAUUGUUAUAUAUAUUUAUCUUGUGUAGGACUAUCAAGGAUGGUUGGACAACCAUAUUUCUCUAUUACUGUGAUUGUGGACCAUUUGAGUCACCCAAGUACAUGCUUAUGAUUUGUCAGCAGUGUCCAGUUCACCCUGCUGUGUGAAGAGUGGCUUGGUGGACAUCAUUAUGCACUGUCAUUGCAGAUUUUUUAUUUUAUUUUUUCUCUGAGGAGUAUUUUUAGUUAGUAUUCUGCAUACAUAAAGAAAAAAUGUUUUAGAAUUUGCUCUUUAAAAGUUACCAUUUGCAGUGCAAUUCUUGAUGGCAUCUUUUUAUUUGGUGCAGAAUUAGAAAAUUAUCAACUUUAUCAAUGUUUUUUCAUGAAUGAAAUUGAUACUUUUAUGAAUACUAUGUUGUAUUUAUUUCCAGGGAAACUUGAAAGUACAUUAACAAAAAGCUUUUUGAAAUCAGAUCACUUUAAAUUAUUAAGAAAAAACGGUUUUCAGGUAAUGUCUGAUUGAUCAUGAAUAUCAUGAGUGAGCUAAAGUAUAAAUUGAAUAAAUACUUUUUCUUUUUUGUUUUUUCAAUAAACUUUCUUGUGUA